UAUAUGUAUACGAGUCACAAACGGCGCAGGACUAUCCACUACAAGCUGCUCAAAUGAAGUACUUGUUAAGCUUGGCAAGAUGACCGCUGGUGUAGUAUAUGACGGACCGUUAACUAAAGAUAUUGACUUCCAACUCGAUAACAAAGCAGUGUGGCUUCACUGGACUGGCUUUAAUGACCCUGUAUACGGCAUAAAGCAGUACGCUUGGUGUUACGGACUGAUGAAUCAAACCGCUGACCAUCUAAAUUGCACGACAUCGCUGGCUCAGGUAGACCCACCUCUUAAAACGUCCGCACAUCAGUUCCAUAAUAUCUCGUUACUUCAUGGAGAGCGGUACAGCGUCAAAGUGCAGGCGUUGAACCCGCAAGACCAAUCAGGAUCGGCCGUAUCUGAUGGAUUCACAGUAGAUCGUACGGCACCUUCUGCCGGGGUUAUUAAAGUCGGCGGGUCGCAUGGUGCCCGGGUCAUUUAUCUAUCUGACGUCACGCCCCCAAUGGUCUCAUGGGCUAUGCACGAAAGCGAAAGUGCUAUAAAAGAGUAUCGUUUCGGUAUCGGCAAUUCCCCUAAGGCUGACGACUUACACCCAUUCACUAAAGUCGACGGAAACCAAAAUUCUGUAGACCUUGCUGACAUCAACUUUAAUUUUACUCACGGAAUUGCAUUCUACGUCACAGUGGUUGGGAUAAAUGUUUUGGGCCUAGAGACGAGUAUGACAUCACCACAAGUGAGCGUUGAUUGGUCGCCGCCAACGCCAGGUGCGGUUCGAGAUGGGAAUGGGACGAGUGAUGUAGAUUCUCAAGUUCAUGUUGAUCACAUGUCAGCCACGUGGAGUGAGUUUCUUGAUCCAGAAAGCGAUGUGGUGGAGUACUUGUACUGUAUUGGGACUAGAUCAGGUGAAGGACAUUUCAUUAUAUAGGGAGGGGGGCGGUAAUUUUGCAUUUUCGAUUUGUAGUGUUGAUCCACUCAUGAACAAUAGCGUCCCUCCCCCUGUCAUUCGAAGCAAAUUCGUGGCCCACGUCUGUUAUAGUCCGAUUCAUUUGUCCCUCAAGAUCUUCCUAAUGAUAAUAUUUAGAGGCUUUCAAAAUUUAUUUGAAAUUCAGGUGGCCCACCCCUUUCCUGAUUUAUAAUUACGUUGAAUCAUAUUUUAAACCCUGGCCCAACCCCCCUUAAAAAAUAUCCAAUCGGCCCACCUCCUCUCGUAAAUAAUGAACGAUCCCUAACUGACGAAAAUUACUUACCUGAGUAAACUAAACUAUUUAUAAACUAACUUUAUUUAUACUGGAUAGCCCUAUCAGUUCUAAACUGUUCUAAAAGUCCAGUGAUAGCCAUUUAAACAAGUGUUACUACAAGAGAAAACCUAAAGUAAAAUAACUUUAUUUACACUGAAUAGCUCUAUCAACUCCAAAGGUUCCUACAUGUUCCUGUGUUACCACAGGAUAAAAAGGAAGUACCCACAGAAAACCUACGGUGUUAAGUAGGUUAAAACUGAAAGCAUUUUUCUCGCAGGCGAAUAGGACGAAAUUAUAAUCAGACAAGUUGAGUAUUGCAGGAAUGGAAUUCCGGUCACGCAGGCGAAAAGGAUAUGCACUUCCAAUAAAAUAAACAGCCGAUAAUUAAGAAAUACUUUUACAGAUUCCUGCGAUGUCACCAACCAAACCUCGGUCAACCUGGACCUUCACGCAACCACACAAAUCAAGCUAGAACAAGGCGAGAUUUACUUUGUCACCGUGACCGCCAUUAAUGGAGCUGGCUUGUCAACAACGUCAUCCUCUAACGGUCUGACUGUCGACACCACCCCUCCCAUUAUCGAUGGCUUCUCAACGACCUCAAUCGUUGCUGUUGACCUGAAUAUCACAAAUGUCGUCAUCAACGCUACCACAUCUGACUCUGACGUCAUUGGUAUUUUAACCAAUCCAUGCAAGAUUUCCGCAACGUGGAAUACGGUGUCUGAUUUAGAAAGCGAGAUUAAGAGUGUUACUGCUUGUGCUUCCACAAAUAAAGAUGAAUGCAAUUUGACUCCUUGGACAGCGAUCAAUCCUUCUUCUUCAAGUUUGACUUUAGAUUUUCCAAAUCCUCUUCAAACUGGAACGGUGUUUGUGCUUAAGCUGAAAGUUGAAAACGGGCCAGGCUUGGACACAAUUUUUUAUUCCGGAAGCAUUAUAGUAGAUGACACACCGCCUGUGAAAGGGAUCGUUAGAGUCGGUAACAAGAAAGCAUUAGUUUUCAUACAAGAAGGGCAGCCACUCACUGUUUCAUGGUCAGACUUUGUAGACUCCGAAAGCAACAUCAAAAUGUACCAGUGGAAAUUUUGCUCAGCAAAUCAACAUUCAGAAUGUGUGUCUGAGUUCGUGGAUGCAGGUCUAAAGACAAGUCUUGUUCUCAGCGAUAUCGGAAUUGAGCAAGGUAUGGAGUACAAUCUAGUCAUUAAAGCAAUGAAUUUUGCAGAACUGGAGACAACUGCCGUUUCAAACCCGUUUAUUCUUGAUAAAACACCCCCUCAAUCUGGAAUGGUAUUUGAUGGAGAUGAGUAUUUGAAGUAUCAAGCUUACCAAAGUUCGUCCUCUGAAAUUUCUGUUAGUUGGAAAGGUUUUCAAGACAAGGAAAGCGGGAUAACACGUUACGAAGUUUGUGUUGGCUCAAAUGCUGGUCUCUGUGAUGUUAGCAGGUACAGGAACUAUGGCUUGGCUACUGAAGCAAUCAUCAGUAAUCUGAAUCUUACUCAUAAUGAGACAUACUAUACAACUGUUCGUGCCGUGAAUGGAGCUGGACAAACCAGUUUUGCCACUUCAAAUGGGAUAUUUAUAGACAUGACGUCACCAGAGGGUGGUAGUGUUAGCGAUGGGGAUGAUACUGACAUUGACGUGACUGUGUACGAUUCUUUUGUUAGCGCCAACUGGGACGAAUUCCACGACCCAGAGUCUGGAGUUUUGAAAUACGUCGUUUGUGCAGAGACCGUUAAAGGGUCAUGUGAUAUAAUACCGCUGACAACAGUGAACAGUGGGCUCGCAGUAGAGUUGAAGGUUAAUCCAGCUAUAAGUUCUGGGACAGUUGUGUAUUUGACGUUGAGAGUGCAUAAUAAAGCUGGAGGGGUGACAGAGAUUUAUUCUGACGGAGUUUUGGUUGACAGCACACCGCCCGAUCUUGGCAAGGUAAGACAGGAGUGAAUUUUUAUACAUUUAAACUAACUUAAUAUUAAAACAUACAUGUGUGUUCUGUCAGAGGCCACAGAAGCACCUCAAUAGUGGGGGCGGGGCACUGACCAGAAAGGGCUCUUGAGUCAGCAAAUAUUCUAAAUAUGUUAGAUGUGUCCUUAGAAGGUCUAAAGGUUUGGACGUGUGCAAUGUACAGCCUCAGAUGUUAUGCGUGUUCUCUAAUAGCUCUGCGUCCUAAACCGAACACGAAUACAUUAACGACAAAUCUAAAGAGAUUUAUUAAUUUUAUUAACAAAGUAUUUAGCAAAUAGCAAUCAAACUUAAGUCCAGUUUUAACUCCUCUUUAAUUGCUGGAAAAAAGGGCACUAGAUAAGUUGUAGUUAACUUUAAUCACGUAGUUAAGUUGGUUGUAUAAAACUUUUAUAAAGUGUAGUUAGCGUUAACUGCAGUUAAAAGUAUAGUUUAUUAAUUAAAUAUAAAAGUUAUUAAAUUAUGCCCAAGCUAAGGUCGUUAACUUCAAACGCUUCAAAAUAGGAGAACAACAUUUUCAGCAAGACAAUAAUGAAAAGCAACGCUUACCUGUGAUUGUUUCCUGACAGUUAUAAACUCUUCAAACGCUUUGGUUUUGUGUCGCUUUGGUUUCAUGGCGAAAACAGAAUAUAAUUUUGCACCGGAAGAUUAAAUCUUCUCGAAGACGAAGUAGGACCGUCGGACCCAUAAUUUACACGAAGAAACAUGAUAUAUAAUUGCAAAAUAACUACACUUUGAUUUAUAAACGUAGAUAUCUCACGAAAAGACUGCCUUCUUUGCUUUUUUCUUGCAGUUUUCUUGUUGACUUUUUACUAUAUAUAAAAUUUUGAAUAAAAUUCCCGCCAAUUUGCAAAAUGCGAGUCUACAAUAUGUUAAAAUGGCUUGUCAGCGGUCGUUAAAUGAUGUCUUACUUUAUGUAAAUGUUUGUUUAAACGCCUCAGCAGUUAACUACGUAAAAUAUUAGUAAAAUAUGAUAUAACCGAAUAUCUAACACUUCUCUGGUUCGCUAUGCAUAUAAAUGAAUAUAAUUGAAAAUAAGCUCUUCGUUUAAUUUAAAAAAGUUCGGAAGAUGCGAAAUUUGGGCAAUGUUUAUAGCUGCGGGUCCCCCUUUGUUAUGAACAAAACUGAUGCGCACUGCGCAGAACGGACUUUACAACAUUUUUAAAGAUGAUGUCCUGACUCCUGUGCGCACGCGCGAACUUUGUUUACGUUUUGAGCUGCUAUAUUUAUAAGAUAUGAUAUACUAACUGAAUAUCUAACACUUUUCUGGUCCCCAGUUACACGAUACCGGAUUCGCAUCGGAGCAACAUGAAAUUUUACAGCUUCAAGGGGAGCUUAGCACUCAAAAUUAUGAUAAUAUAACAGAAUUGGUCAAAAACGUCAAAUAUGAAAAGUUGUGAGAGGCCGGAAAGCGUCUUAGUUGAUGUUGCUCGACUCGCUCCGAUGCGAAUCCGGUAACGUGUAACUGGGGCCUAAGUCUUUAACUAACUAGAGUUAAUAAGGAUUUAACUACAGUAGUUAACGCUAACUGCAGUUAACUUUAACUACUUAUACAACCGGCCCCAGACAAAUUACAACUACAUAUUGCAGGAAUCGAAUCGCAGUCGAAGUAGUGGAAUGGCCAUUACCCACUGGGCCACCAAACCUCUACUGGUAUUUCUGUCUCGUUUUUCUUUUCAGAGUUUUCUGCAAGAAGGUGUCUUAAUUUUCCCAUGCAGGCCUAAACUCAUGGGCGUAAUCUGUUAAAACUCCUCGUAACUUUUACAUAAUUCUUGCAUGUGUUUUCAACUAUUAUAUCCCAUAUGUCUUAUUUUUAAAGUUAUUUUCCUUAAUUUUUGCCCGACUUACGUUUAUAAUUUGCGUGACUUCGUUUUGACUGGGGGCAGCUGCCCCCAGCCCCCCUUCUCGUACGCGUCUAUGUCUAAACUCAUUUCAAGGGUAUAAUUUGUCUUUUCAGGUUAACAUGACAUCACCAAGUACAGUGUUAGGUGACAUAAUAUACCUGACACGCAAGAGCUCCAUUUGUGCUUCAUGGGACACAUUCAUUGACAGCGAGACUCGAAUUGUCGACUAUCAUUUCUCAAUGUGUUUGGAACGCGAUAAACAUAACUGUCCUAUCUCAUCUCGCGACCUCAACAAUAGAACAUCCAUAUGUAUCGAAGAACCCCCUAUUGCAGAAGGCCAGAGUUAUAUCAUAAGAAUUACUGCAACAAACCAAGUUGGUCUCAGCUCCACUGCAGAUUCUCCAAAGUUCAUUAUUGAUACGAAGGAGCCGGAUGUUGGGGAGGUAACUGCAUUGAAUCCUUUGGGAGAUGAAUACUAUUUCGUCUCGUCUGCAAUCCUGGCCCGCUGGCGUGGUUUCAUUGACCUCGAGACUGGGGUCUCUGGUUAUUCAUUAUGUAUCGGGACAGAACCUACGUUGUGUGAUGUAACGGAAUUGGUUUCAGUAGAAAAUGUGUCAAGUUACACUUGGUACAACCUGAGUUUGGUCCACGAUGAGGAAUAUUUUGUGUCUAUAAGGUGUGGAAACAAUGCUGGCUUAUCUACAAAUUUUACAGCCUCGCAACCAAUUUCUGUGGAUACGACAGGUAUGCUAUAAUUUUGCUAUAUGCAAGAGUGUACUAAUAUGUUAGGGUGUUUGUGGUACAGAUCCGAACGGUGAUUAGUACAUGUGUCUUUUUAUCAGGUCUAAAACUAAGGCCCCGUUUACAUAGAUCGGAACAAGAUCAAACCGGGAUCAAUUCGUUUCGGUCAUAGUAUUAUUUAUAAUAGAUGCUUAUAUGAGAUCGGGACAAAAAUAACUCAAACCGGUCUCAACUGAGUCAUUCCGCCUGCUGGACCGAGCCGACUGACUUCAUACCGGCAUGAAUUGAGACUGGGAUGAAUGUAUUAACACAAAUACCUUUCAGAUCGGUCUCGGCUGUAACCUUGACAUUGGAAUAGUACAUGCUAACUAACUGCCAUCUAAAAAAGAAAAUUGCCUGGCAAGAGGAAUAAAUUGAAAAUUUUGUGAUUUUCGUUCCGGUAUCAUGAUUGUAAACAUGUUGACAAUUUCAAUUUUCAUUCUUGUUUGAUUUUGGCCGUCCGCCCGUCUCAUGUAAACGGGGCUUAAAAAUAUGUUGUCUAUAAUAGUUGAUAAACGCUGAACAUCGAGUGGGAAACCAACAUUAUUCAAAACAAUAGAAUGAUAAGUUUUUUACGCGCAUAAAACAUGCCUGGUUUUUCUUCCAGUUUCACCGCCGAGUAAAGUUCUUGAUGGUUUCGAAGACGCAAAGGACAUUGAGUUCCAACGAAGUCGUACGCACGUGUCUGCCACGUGGUUUAACGUCGAAGAUCCUGAAAGUGACGUCAUUUCCCUCACGUGGUGUGUUGGCUCCAGGCCUCGAUCAUGUGAAUUUAAACCCAGUACCCCAUUGGAUGUUACCGCGAGUAAAAUCUCAGCAUACCUUAACGAGCCAAUCAAAAACGGAGGUAGAUAUUACAUCACCCUCAUGGCAACCAACGGUGCAGGUUUGACUAGUAUUAUGGUGUCCGAUGGUGUUACAGUUGAUUACACACCACCAAGUGCUGGGACGGUUAUUGAUGGUCAAGAUGCUGAUAUUGAUUACCUCAAGGAUGGUGAUACAGUUUAUGCUCGAUGGUCAGAAUUUGAAGAUGAUGAAAGUGGUAUAAAAUCUUACCAGUUUGCAGUAUGUGAGAAAGAAAAUAUAACCGCCUGUCCAACGGCGUUUUCAGACACUGGGCUGCAGACGAAUAUAAGCUUGUCAGGUUGGUUUAAUUUGCCUGUUCUUGGUACAAAUAUUUGCAAAGCCUGAUCAUCCCCCCGCCCCCCCCGCCCCGCGCACCACGUACAGUAACCGCUGAAUGCUGUAGACCUAAUCAGUUGAUCCAUGUAGAGCUUAUGUUUAUGCCAGCCAUUUGCCAAACUAUUCACAUUUUCAGAUAACUCACUUGCCUCGUUACUACUGUGAGGUUCUGAUCACUUUUUUCGGUUUAUUUGUUUAUUAUUUAUUUUCCCUAUGUGCAAGAUUACAUAAUAAUGUAACCAUAGAAUGGAACAAAGGUAACCAAGUAUUUAAAUGAUAUAUAUGAGUGAAUUGGAUGGGAUAAUUCACAUGCCUAGUUACCAGUGUUCUGUACUGUUAUAACCAAAUAUUUAAAUUAUUUAUUAAGCACUAGCUGGUGGUAAUAUCCAGUUGUCAGAGUGAGAAGAUAAAUUAUUUUCAUUAACCUUUUCUUUAGGCACGGAGUUACAAAGUGGUCUAGAGUAUGUGAUAAUAGUUCGUGCUACCAGUAUGGUUGGUUUGCGUCAGCAGGCGACGUCAGAUGGAUUUACAGUGGACGCAACGAUACCAGUCUCAGGACGAGUCGUAAUUGUCAACCCAUCACCAAGCAAUUUUGAUAUCCAUCAAAUUACAGUUAGGUAUGUCAGAAACUAAAAGCGUAUCUAAGCUAACUUUGUUUAUGUCGUAUAGCUCUAUUAGUUAAACUGUUCUCCCUAGAGAUCUAGUAAGGGAAUUAUUUUAUUUUUCCAGUGUUAUAUUACUACUAAAUAAAACCUAAACUAUUUUAUUUAAACUGGAUAGCCCUAUCUGUGUUCUUCCUAGAGCUGCAGUAAUAGCCAUUCCUUAUUUGAUCAAUUGUUACCUACAGAAGAAACCCUUAAUAAACCAACGUUAUUUAUACUUGGUUUUCAGGUGGGAGAAUUUCAUGGACCCAGAAUCAGACAUAUCUCAAUAUGAAAUAUGCCUUGGGACAACCCAGGGGGAAUGUGAUGAGAUUGACUUCCGUUCUGUUGGACUGAACACUACUCACAAUUUCACUGAGCUCAAAUUACGUCAUCAGGAAACAUAUUACGUCACACUAAAGGCAAUUAACAACGCGGGACUGUCCACGCAAGUGACUUCAGAUGAAAUAAAGAUUGAUGUAACUCCGCCACAACCAGUAAAAGAGAUGAGUGGAAUUUCAUCGAAUUUGGAGGAGAUUUGUAGUGCGGUUUCUGGUGGAUCUUGUAAUACGACAACAACAGGUAAAACUAAACUAACUUUAUUUAUUUUUAGGGCCAUUCCUUAUUGAUCCAGUGUUACUACAAGAGGGACCUAGACUAAACUAACUUUAUUUGUACUGGAUAGAUCAGUUCUAAGCUGUUCUCCCUAGAGGUCCAGUAAGGGUCAUCAUCAUACAGGCUCGGGAUUAAGACAAAUGCAGUUCUGUCUCGACUAUUUUCUUUAGAAGUUCAGUAAGGUCAUGGUCAUGCCUUAUUGAUCCAGUGUUACUGCUGGAGAAAACCUCAACUCAACCAACUCUAAUUAUACUGGAUAGCUCUAUCAGUUCUAAACUGUUCUCUCUAGAUGCACAAUAAGGGUAAUUGCCUAUUGGUUCUGCAGUGUUAUUACAGAGUACAGGAGGAAACCCAAACUUAAAACUAAACUGUUCACUUUAGAGGUCCAGUAAGGAUUAUCUUGUAUUGAUACAGUGUUGUAAUUUUAAGAGGAAACCUGAACUAAAAGUCUCUUAUAGUUACACUGAAUGUGAGAUAAAAUUACAAUCAGACAACUGCAUGGAUAACUUGAUCCACAAGUUUCUGUAUCAGUCAGAGUGUUCGGUCAAGAAUUUUAUAGUUGUUGUGUUGUUUUGUUUCAGAAACGAAAAGUGACGUUCCUAUAGAAAUUUCCUGCAGUAGUGGCUUGGUCAAAGCUUCGUGGUUGAAUUAUGAAGACAAAGAAUCAGGCAUAGCCAAAAUUGAGUGGUGUAUUGAAAGUGUUGACAAUAUGUGUAAUAUACAGCCUUGGGAGACCGUACCAACAAAUCUACAAACAAAAUCUGCUGUUAUUCAUUCACUUUCGACCUUAACAAGUAUCCAGGCUGUGGUUCGCAUUUCAAAUGGCGUAGGAAACACUGCAUUGCUUCAAUCAACUCUGUGUAACCCAGUAAAAACAUUCCCGCCUAAACUCGAUGUGGCCGAAGUAAAGAAUUUGAACGAUACUCUCACUGAUGUAAAUUACCAAGCCGACACUGAAGCGGUUAUAGUCACGUGGUCUUCGUCAAGCAACGUGUCGUCAUACUCUAGUGUCCAGGCUGCGCUAACCGAGCAGAAAGAAAACCUAAAUGUAACUGACUCUUUGCUUCAAAAAUGGCGGGGAGAACCGUUUUCUUUUCAAUUCAUAGACAUUCCGCGUGGGAAAGCACAUAUACGGUUUAGCGGCGAUAGGAUAAAACCAUACACGAAGUAUCGGCCUGUCGUUAGACGCUGUAACAACGUUGGACUUUGUAGAGAUUCAGCCGGAGAUGGAGUCGUGAUUGUGCCAGACACACCCCCUGAUAUACAGGUAAUAAUCAUCACCACCAUCAUCAUCAUCAUCAUUUCCAUUAUCACAUCACCACCAUCAUUAUUUAAUUAUGUUUAUAUAUUUAUAUCACGAUUUUUCAAUCAUAUAUUCAAAUUACUUCUUUGGAAUUCCAGUAUCUUUUUCAAUUUGAUUGAUGUAAGUCUUUUCAGGCCUCUUCUCCUUCACCAUGUGAUAGUUCCAGGCAAUUUCUUUACUGUUUUUCAUACAUUGUCGCAAAGUUUCACCCUUCUUUCGCAAAUAAUAAACAAUUAUUGGAUGAGGAUUGUUUCUCGCUGAUCAUGUCAGCAGCGGAAAUGACGUAAGAGCUACUGGAUAUUGAUAAUUAUCCCGGGGUUUUUAACCAAUCACGAACAGAAAUAAAGUUUGAAUGUUAUAGUUUCUUGUUCCUCAUUGUUCUUCCAUUGUGCACCUUCCGGCUUAAUCAGUAAUCCAGUUUAACGCAGCCAAGUGCUUGAAAGACAAUGGUGUAUCUAAAAUAAUUUAGCAGCUUUAUUUUAGAAAAUUUGCGUAUUAUUUAAAUGUGAUGUUAUUUUUAUCCCAAUGCAGGUGAACGCAACAGAUACAUUUGUUGGUACAGAACAACAGCGAUGGCGCGAAUACGUAGGGCUGCCACGUUUAUCCCGAAGUAUGGCUGAGGAGACAUAUUUCAUUCCAGAUCCUUUCAGUGUGGUCGUCAGAGCGAAACCCCAGCACUUCCAAACAAACGAAUUGACUAAACAUCAUACAGAAAUCAUCUACAAAGCUAGUGUGUAUAGAGUCACAUCAGGCGCGAAUGAAACACGAAAUGACACUGUCGAUGUAAAACAUAUUUUUGACUAUUCUCGUGUAGUCGGUGACUCCAAUGUGUGCUGUGAAAAGAGAAAUACGGAACCACGCACAAUUUACCCUGACCAACAAAUGAAACCAGUUCAAAAAACUCAUGCAUUCGGUGUGUUUGUAUGUGUUUUGCAAAAUGACUUAAUAGUUGCAUCAUCUCAUGAUUCUGCAUACGUAUUUUCGACAGGGUCAUAUGAAAACACGCCAAUGACAUUAGUAACUUUUAAUUCGACGAUGAAUAACAGUUUUGUUAAGGUAAAAGGAAUGAAUGACAUCGUUUUGGUUUCGGGUGAUGGGAAAUUAUUGGUAUACAGAAUAAGUGCUGAAAAUUUGGCCCAAACCACACAGGUUUUGGCUAUUACCAAUUGUAAUGAUACAACUUCUAAAGCGACCGAACAUUGUACGAACGGUGACCGAUGGUCUUCUUCGGAAAGCGUUGGAGAAGAGUUUGUGUACGACGGUAGUGAAAUAAUCGCAGUCAGCGGUAAACAUCCAGAAGAGGGCUACGGCGUUGUUGCUAUUUUUAGAAAUGAUUCUAAUAGGUGGACGUUGCACCAAGUUUUGGGAUCCGAAGAAAAAGACCAAUCGUUUGGCAAGGUUAUAACUAUGAAUAAGAAUUUCUUGAUUGUAGUUGGUUCUGAUAUCUAUGCCUAUUCGAGAGUACCAGAAAAUUAUUGGCAAAAUAACACAGCACUUUCCGAGAUAUUGUCCGAUGACAUUUCACACGCAAACAAAGUCUAUCUCACCAAGAAAGAUGAACUAUUUGUUCUAUCUGUUCCGGACCGAACCCUGACAGUUUUCGAUUUACAACCACCAGCUAAUGCGAUAGAACGAUGCCAACAAGUUUUGUCAGUGCUUCUUGUGUUAAGUGGUAAUUUUGAUGUACUGGAAGGAAGUACAACCGUUGUUGCUAUUGGAAUUAUGUCCGAUGGUCGAGAUGGAAGCGAGUUGGUGCUUUAUGAACCCAACAAUGGUUGUUGGCAAGCUGGUAGAGUGGUAACUAAAUAUGGACGACGAUUUGAUAAUGGCCAACUAGGAGCAUCAGUGUCUAUGGCUGACCGACACUUGGUUAUUGGGACCCCAGGUCUGCACACAUGGCCGACCGAUUAUGUGGAUUCAGGCACCGGCCGCGUAUAUGUGACCUCAUUUUGCCCACGGAAUUUCGUUCGUAGAAAGGUGUUUGAGCUUGGACACAGGGAACGCGUGGCGUGUGUUCCAUGUGGGGUGGGGGAAGAGGCAUACCCCGGGUUCGAGGAGCAAUGCGUAAACUGUAGCCGGAGUAUUUGUGUGGAAAAUUCGAAUGUUUUUUAUUUCAGCGUCUCACAUUGUGAUAAAUAUCACUGUGGGAUGAACGACAACCGAACGAUAAUGCAGAAUGCUUACAACCUUACAGUUACAGAAUCUGCUCCUAGCUUUGGAGAAGAUGAAUUCUACCUACCAGGUUCGAAGCAGAGUUAUUUCAUUAGGAUCACCCAAAAGUCGGCUUCGGGACUCACGACAAUCUCCGAUAGCUUUCCGUUCUCUCUCGACAACACCUCGCCCGAACCGGGAUUAGUCUACGACGGCUUAGGUAGCGACGAAAGUCGAAACUGCUCGGCGAAUACGACUUUGAGCUCCGAACAACAGUGUUCGAGUCGUAGUCUUUCGGAGACCGAUUUAGAUUUCACUAACAAUACCACAUCCAUCAGUGCGCGUUGGAUCGAUUUCCGUGACAAUGAAAGUGAUAUUGAACAUAUAUUCUGGUGUAUUGGAUCCAGGCCACUUCGAGAUGAUAUCAUGGGGUGUGAAAAUGCAACGAACCGCCCCAAUAGGACUCUGACAGGAUUGUCGUUGCAGCAUAAUGAUAAAUACUAUGUGACAGUGUUGGCGUGUAAUUAUGCUGGGUUAUGUACAGCGAGAUCCAGUGAUGGUGUUUUGGUCGAUACGACACCACCUGUAAUACACUAUGUCAGAGAUGGCCUGAUUGGACCUGAUAUUAAUUUCCAAGUACGUUAGUUUUCAUAUAUAUUUUCAACGGUCAGCUCUUAUUCUAAUGUCGUUUAUAAAUGUUUAGAAUUCAUCUUGUGCCGUCUUUUUAGGUAUUCACAAAUAUCAUAUUCGGCAACUGGGCGGCAGAUGAUCCCGAGAGCGGAGUAAUCUCGUACGAGAUUGGCUGGGGUUCGUCUCCAGGCCUUGACGACGUCUGGGAAUUCCAAGAGAUCGGCAACGCCAAAGCGUACUACGCGAAGUUCAAACACGGAGACCUGGUGAAAGGUCGUAAAUAUUACGUCACCGUAAAAGCCAUCAAUGGUGCAGGGCUUGAAUCGGAACCAAUGACAUCAAAUGGCAUUGUCGUCGGAAAAACGGAGUUUGUGUUCGGGAAAAAUGACUCGGGGUCGUUCUUCUUCGAUACAGUGAAUGUGAACUCGAAUGAAACGAAAGAAGAUGAUUCUGGUAUUGGGAAUACGUUCGGGACUUUGGAUAUUCCUGUCGGAGCUGUUGAAGGUGAGAUGAAAUUUCAAAUUCAUAGCCUUGAUGAAAAAGAGAUGAAGGAUGGAAUGGUUGAUAAUAUGACAGUCGUUGAUCCUGAAAUUGUUAAACCACCCAAGGUAGGUAGAUAUAAAACGAAUAUAACGGUUCUUCUUUGAUAAAUAGAAUCCUCAGGUUUAUUCACUGUAGUCCUGAAGUGGUAUUGUUGGUAGAGUGAUUAAGUACAUAUCCUUGUCACCUUUGCCGUUGUAAAAUUAUACAAUCCUGGCUAAAAGCCUUGGCUCGCCGUGAAGCAAAAAUUACAAAUUUGGUUUUGCCGACCUGUAAAAUGACUAUAUAAUUCUUCCUUAAUUGCCCCUACUUCGCUGUUGAAUUUGUUGCAGUUAUUCUGCUAAACUGCAGCUAACAUCGUAUGGGGGAACAUAUUGUUAUAUAAAUGAAAAUAAUGGUUAAACUUGUAUGUAAAGAGUACCAAGUAUUUUUGACUGGGAUCGUAGCCUUAUUGAAUUCAGUCCCGUGUGAGAAUAGUGCAUCUAGUUUGAUGUUUGACUAGAUUCAAUGAGUACUUAGGUCUUCUCUUGUAGUAACACUGAACCAAAACGGGAGGAUCCUGACUGACACAGUUUAGAACUGAUUAAGCUAAACAGAGAUUUUGAUUUAAUUCAAAUUUCCUAACUCUGUUGUAACAUUACGUCAAUAAAAGGUAGAAAGUUAUGUUUACAACUGUCAGAUUUAUCCAAUGUAAAUAAAGUUAGUUUAGUUUAGGUUUCCUCCUCUAGUAAUACUGGAUCAGUAAGAGAUGAUCCUAACUGGACCUCUAGGGAGAACAGUCUAGAACUGAUAGAUCUAUCCAGAAUAAAUAUAAGGUUUGUUUAGUUUAGACUUCCACCUUUGCAACUCACCUUCACAUAGUAUUCAACGUCAUAGUAAGCUAAUUUUAUUACCGCUUUUGUUUUUUAAAUAUUUAUUAAAAGACAUCUUAUACCUAAUUUGUUCUUUUUCAGCAUUUCAAACUGGGCAACUACAGUUUUCUGAUCAAAGCUUACGAACCAGAAAACAACACGUUACAAUCUGAAUAUCAUUUCAUGAAACCCAUAACUAUCUCAUUGUUUUAUGAUGUGGAUCAAAUGUUGAAAAAAAACAGGAAAACUGUCAGUAAGGAGGUGACGAAGGAAGAUAUUGAUCCUGUGCUUUUACUCUGGGACAAAAAGAAUAAAACAUGGUAAGUAUAUGUCCUUUUCAAAUGUAUUUGGCGGUUAUAAAACACAUAGUUAAACAUUGUCAAUUUAAAUACGAUUAUCAUUGAUGCGGUAAAAUUGACGCCACAUCCGGCUUUAAAAUUUUAUUCAACUUUCGUCGCAAAAACGAGGCCAAGAAGGCUUGUUAAGAUGCGCCUAUAAAAAUUAAUGUUGUUGAUAUCUUCACAGGUUUGAUGCGUCCAAAACCUGCCCAGAGCCAUGGACUUUCGUUGACCACGCCGCAAAACUCCUUAAAGUGCACGUGUGUCACUUGACACAGUUUGCAUUGUUCUGGUCGUUUGAAGAAGAAAAUGGAAUUAUAGAAUUCAACAAAGAAAGUAAUGGUAAGUUGCAAAUAUCAUACUUGUAGAAUACAUUUUGGUGGAGGUAUAGGGAAUCUUGGAAUGGAACUAGGCAUCAGGACCACAAAGUCGCUCAAGACUAGUAGCCUUAAGACCCGUUUACACUUUUUGCAGCAAUUUUUAGUGCGAUUUUCUUCUUCUAAUGCAUGGAAAUAAGUAGGUGAGUUAUGAUAUUCUGGACCUUACAGUUCAAUGAUAUACCCUUAUCUGAAUAUUCAUAACUCAUCCAGUCGUUUACAUCCAUCAAAAGAAGAAAAUCGCUGCAAAAAUUGCAUGUGUAAAACAGGCCUUUAAGUGUAAACUAUUAUAAUAAUAGCUUCAAUGCUUCAUUAAUAUUCUCAAAGCGUCACGGAAUUGCUGUAAAUUGCGCCAUUCCUUGCCUUCUUACUUCAUCUGAUAGUGUUGCACCUCCCUUGCCUACUUAUGAGAAUUUUUUUAUCACCAGGCUAAAAAACAGCGAUUUUUAGUCAACAUAACCAGCUCGCGCCAUUUAUGUCACAAAGGCCAUUCACCCAAAAGAUUAUUUUUUUAGAUUUUCAUCCAAGAUGGCGCCCCGAUGAGCAAUUUUAUUGAAAUUUGACUAAUUACAUCUUACUGAUGCAUGGACAAAAAUGUUUGAGAAGAAAUAAUAACAUUCUCAUAGUUGUCACAGUUAGGUGGUCCAGUAGGAUUAAAUAAGCCAAUAAAAAUUUUUGUUGCCAUUGUCCUUUAAGAAUGGGCUUAGAACGAAAUUCUAGCUAAAAUAAGGCUCAUGCAAAUACUGUUUUAAACAAGAGAAGGUCCUUCUAGUUGAUACUCUUAUGGUUAUGGUUAUGCUUAUGGUUAUGAUAUGCUUCUGAUUGUGUUGUGUUGUGCAUUGUGGUGAAAACCAGCUGGCUUAACUGAAAAAAUGAAAAGAAAAUGACCUUUCGAGCAAAGUAUAUGUGUGAAAAGCUUAAAAAUAAUAUUGUUUUAGGUUCAUUGACUCGUCCGCCUCCACACGCCAUAUUAGAAGAAGACAACAGUGUCAUCUACAAUCCUGAGCGAUAUGGCAACAAAAUGAUUCUUGAUAUAGUCAGACGCAAGGGUUCUACUGGAACCAUUAAUGUCACAUGGGUCGCCAACAGCCAAUCAAAUGCCGAGAUUCCAUUUACUGUUUCUCCAAUGUUUAGUGAGUUGACGUUUAUCGAGGGCCAAUGGAAUUCGUCCAUUCAUUUGAAAUUCGGCGCCAUGCCUAACAUGAGUGAGGCUGUGCUGAAUGUGAAAUUUUUGAAUAUGUCUGGAGGUGCAAUGUUGGGGAACAUAACCAGUUUGAAAAUCGUCUUUCCAGCUCAAGUUAAAGAGAUAAAAGAUUCAGAUAGUAAUGUUAUUUUGGAGAUUAUUAUACCAUGUGCAGUUGGUAUGUUGGUGAUCUUGUGUGUAAUGGCGGCGUAUAUUUUUGUCCGCAAGCGUCAAAGGUAAACUGAUGAUUGUAGUAGUAGAGGGUGGUGGUGAUGAUGUUGGUAGUUGUGUGGGUAAUGGUAAUGUUUGCGGAAAUCUGAAAUGAUGAUGGUGGUGUUGAUGACGGUGGUGAUCAUGGCGAUGGUAGUGAUGACAGUAGCGAUGGUGAAUAUGACUUGGUGGUGAUGGUGAUAAUAGUGGUGGUAGUGAUGAUAGGGUUGAAUAUGGUGUUAAUUAUGGUACGUGGUGUGGUGGUGAUGACGAUGGUGCAGGUGACGACCACGAUUCAAUACAUAAUCAUAUGAAUUGUGAAGAUCAGUAUCUCUUUUCUUGCAGCUAUACAGUAGAGCAGUCACCUUUCAGGAAUGUAGACCUAGACAACCUUGUCUCUGAUCAAGUGUAAGUACUAUAUUUUUUGUAACCCAAUUAAACCUGGGUAAAUAAAAAAUGUUGCAGCAGGCAUGUAGCAGACCAGGGGCCGGUUGUUCAAAGCUGGGUUAGCUUAACCCUGGGUUAACCUAAUUUUCUAAACUUCCUGACAGCUUGUCUAUAAAUUUGGAAAUAUUUCUUCAGAGAUCUUGUCUGGAUCGAUAGGAGUUUACUUCUCUGAAGUUUUGAAAUAAACAGACGUGCAGAAAUAUACGAACUAAAACAGCAGGUUAAAUUUUAACCCAGGGUUAGCGCUAACCCACCUUUGAACAACCGGCCCCAGAACUCUGUGUUUUACUCGGAAUAAAUCCAAGGGUGGGUAGUAGUACUGUAGCGAACUACAAUUUUCAAGUAGCCAGUAGUUUUUGACUACUUUUUUAAAACAGUAGCUGUAGUUAUAGCGAACUACAUUUUGCCUAAAAGUAGCCAAGUAGUUGGCUACUUUUCAAACGGCGAAUCGCUAUUCGCUACUUUUUAAAAUUGUUAGCAACUUGAUAGAAUAGCAUGAUAUUGAGACACGGUCUGCUUAAAAUCAAUACUUAAUAGUCAAUUUGCACUCCUGAACACUGUAGUGCUUACAAAAAUGUUGCUUUGUGUUUACUGUUGUCUGUUGCUACUCGUAAGUCGAUUUGUUAUAGGUUAUAUUACAGCCUGAGUUAAUAGUAGAUGCUCCAAAUACAGUAAAACUGAAAAAUGUAGAUUAGCGAAAUAGCGAAAUAGUUCGCUACAUUUUUUAAGCAGUAGCUGUAGUUAGUAGCGAACUACCUUUGUUCAAAAGUAGCAGUAGUUGUGGUGGACUACAUAUUUUUGAAGUAGCUGUAGUUAUAGCGAACUACAAAAAUUUUGUAGUCAACCCACCCUUGAAUAAAUCACUUUUUACCUAUGUGGGCAGCAUUUAAUGAUGCGGUUCUAUGAUGAAAUUCCCUCGUAGUCGCUUGUGAGAAAACUGGUGUCAUUAUGGACCAUCAAAGGGCGGCAGGCUUUCUCUCCGUACUCCGGUUACCUACAAUAACAGUGAAACAAUUGAACUCAGGGAUUUUGCGGGCUUUAUUCCCAAGACCAAAUAUUUGCGCUACAAAUCUAACUGUCGUUUCCAUGCAGGUUUCGCACCACAUCAGAACAGUCGGAGCAGAUUGCUGAAACAUCGUUCAACCAAGACCUAGGAUAUGUUAACCGGGGGCAAGACACCGACGACCAAAUUGAUGAAGAAUUGUGAGAAAAAUUUAACGUUGUUCAAAGAAUAACAACCAGCUGAAGUUUUACAACAUCACAACCGUACACUACAGUAUAACAUAAAAGGCAAUCAUAAAAAUAAUCCUAACAGUAAUGUCUAAUGAGUCAGUAUUAAUAAAAGGCCGUCCUUUGCAAACCUUAAACUUUAAACCUUAAACUUUAAGCGCGCAAAGCUUAAUGGGGGCACAAGUUUCAAGCUUAGUAGUUGAAUAUUGCAGCUAUUUGUGAAUGAAUUGUUCUCGUAAGGAGAUAUUUACCAUGUCUCUAAGAAAUGGGCCCCAUAUAUGAUUUCUAAACUGAUUAAAUGAUGCUCGCAUUAUGCUUUGAACGCUUAGAGUUUAAGGUUUAAAGUUUAGAGUUUAAGGUUUGCAAAGGACAACCUUUUUUGAAUUAGCUGUAUAUGUUGAAAUUAAUGUAAAUACAUACUAAAAAAAUUAUAAAUAACCUACGUUGGUAAGCCUGUCGAGAAUGCAACCGACAGCUAUGUUUCGUGGGAAAUAGGCAAUUGACCCCCUGCGAAAUAUUGUAUUUGUUAUAAAAUUUUAUUUUUUUGUAAAAGUAAAUGGUGAUAACGCCAACCUAUGUGUACCCUGGGUUCCAGAGCCUUCAGAAAGUUUCCCAGAUUGGGGUUUCUGUGUAAUAAAUUGAAACUCCGCUUCCCUUUCAUAUCUCAUGAUCAAGACCUUUAAGAACCUGAAAACCUCUGGCACCCUGGGUAGCCUAUGUGGAGUUAUCACCACGGCGGAGUAGUUCUUUAGGAGUUAAGGUAUAUGGUUUACACCGAUUUGUCGUGUAUGAUUCGUAUUCUGGCGUAUGUUAUCGAAUAAUAAGCAUGUGUAAAGAGGUUGCAUUUCAAGUUUCGCCAAAAAACUAAUUGAACAGGAGUUCUGGACUUAGGUGAGGGUUAGUGUAUGCUAUAUGUAGCCAGCAAUAUAGCCACGACAAUCACGUAGCAAGGUCAUGUUUCGCGUGCGUGAUAUUUCGGAAGUCUAAAAAAAAUUCAACAUCGU